GGCGUUUCAAAAAUGCAUCUCCAUCGCAACAUGCACGGCCCGAUGAAACAAAGUUCGGACACUGGACGGGAACAAAACCAAAGCAGCACCCUGCUUUUCGAAGAUCAGCCGUAGAUCAGGGCCCUUACUCUUCCACUCAUCAUCAUGGAUCCUGUAACCAUCGUUACUGCUGCAGCUUCUUUGGCAGGUGCCGUCCUGAAAGCCUCCUGGAAAGUGAAGGAGACCAUUGACGCAUACGACGACGCACCGCAGAACGUCGCAGACAUUGCUGAGGAGGUGCAUGCGGUACAGAUAGCGCUCCGACAGGUUGAAAGUGUCGUGCUCCAGGACCCUGAAGCCAUUGACCGGCUGGGAUUGGAGGAUGUCUUUACCGUGGCCGUCAACGGGUGCCAUGCAACGCUUCUUUCCAUCAGUAAAGAGUAUGAAGAUCUCUUCCUCCGAACUGACUGGAAGACAAAGAUCAAAGUUCUAUGGAAAGAUGGAGAAAUGACUCGGCUGCUUGGGCGAUUAGACCGCAAGAAGGCUACGUUGACGCUCUUGACACAGACUUUGAAUCUUCGAUCCACCCAGGACAUCAAGACGUUGUUGAUUCAAAAUCAGUCAACUUUGAAUGCCGCAAAACAGGACGUCCGAGAACCUGCGGCUUACUAUCCAGAGGUCCCUCACUUCCGGCCAGCGAGUCCCGACUCCUUGGAUGAAGGCAGUGUGGUCGGUGUUCCGAGGAACAGGGACUCUGUGAUUAGCACCACGGAGUUUGACUUUGAUUACGACCUGAUCAACACCAAGACAUAUCGACGAGCUCUACAAAGAUAUGCCUCUGUUAGCGCACGCAGCAACUCUUCAGUGGAGCAAAGGACGGACGAAUCGCCAAGUAUGACACCAGACCUCGAACCAGUUAUGGAGGAGGAAGCAGAAGUAGGGGAUCUCAUCAACUUUUCCUCUGAUAACUUUAGUUUUCAAACGCCACUGAGCCGAGCAACUACACUGCGACCAGAGUUAGAAGGCAUCGAAUUUGAUACUCCGCCUGCGACGCCGCCUAAGGACGUAACUCGAAAUAAUGCUCUGGCGUCUUCAGAGCACCUUGAAGCCGCUGGCUCGAAGAAAGAAGGAGGUUCUGAGCCAGCUGAUCCUUCGGAUGAAUCUAAGGCAAAGAGAUCAUCCUCCCGAAGGAAGCUAGACCGGCAUCCACCAAGACAUCUCACAGCAGCUGAAGCAGCGGCAGAGAAGUUUCACAGAAGAAGGAGGCAUGGAAAACCCGGCGCUUCGGCAGAUCAGGAACCCGAGGUAUCAUCCACCCCAAGCACCGGGACGCUCGGCCGAAGUGUCAGCUUUGAUGAAUCGCUUGCGGAUACCAUGUCUCAAUCUUCUGAAAAGAUAGAUAAGCUGAGAAGUCGGCGCAGGUGUGGACAUCCUGUGCACCAUAGAAGACGGCCUGGUAGGGAAGGUUCGUUCUCUUCCCGCGGAUCAGAUGAGUCAACUACAACAUUGGGCUCUGUCAAUACUUUGACAGACACUCUAGAACAUUUUAGUCUUUCGGGGCCGAAGGUAUUCGGAAAAGAGAAGGGGAGGCGAAGACAAGUCGCGUGAGACGUAGACUGGAGUUGGGGAAAACUUAUUCUCGAUAGCGGAAAUAGGAACGAUGUGAGACAAUGCGUCUAGAACAUAAUGUUCCAUAUAAAGUUGUCAAACUUGGGCUCGGUUUCCACACAGGAAGCCAUCAUACCCUGGAGGGCUGAGCUAAAUACUGGUAGUGUUCAAGCGGGGCGGAACUGCUAGUACCUUGAAGGAAGUGACGUGCUUGAAAUCAUCGCUACACUCAUCAGAUGCCGAUUCAAGAAUGUGAGUAGCGGCAUUGUCUAAUGGGAAAUGAAGAUGAGUGCUCCAGCUAGGAACUCAUCCACGACGCUAGGUGUGAUG